AUGGGUUCGAUUUCAACCGACUGCAAUGCACCUGUCCUACUGGAUAUCCGGAAAUCAGCCGAGCUGCUGAACCUCCGUGACUUCGUCUUAUUGGGGCUCAGGGCCGAAACAAAAACGCUUCCCUCUCUCCUCCUAUGGGACGAUCAAGGGCUGAAGAAUUUUAAUGAAUGGACAAUGAGCCCAGAUUACUACCCCAGGGCGCGGGAGUUGGAGAUCCUUGAUACGUACAAAUAUGACAUGGCACAGGAACUUCCAGAGAAAUUCGCCAUGAUUGAGUUAGGCUGCGGAAACCUAUACAAGACAGCCUGCAUCCUCACCGCUCUUGCCCAAAAGGGCAGGGAAGCCCACUAUCAUGCACUUGAUGUCUCUGCAGAGGCACUGUCAAAUAGCCUCAAUGCCCUGAAAGCGCACAUUAAAGACCAUCCAACAAUCAGAGUCACCGGGAUCAUUGGAACGUACGAAGAUUGCGUGGACUGGCUCACGAAUUCUGCAGCUCUAGAUCAGUGGGGAAUCUCGCAUGUCAACUUCCUAUGGGUCGGGAAUACGGUGGCAAAACGACAGUUGGAAGCUAGUGCUCUACUCGGAAAUUUCGUGAAGCUUGCAAGACUGCUGAUCAAUGCCUAUAAUCCGGACCGCAAACCUGCGCGCACUUUCAUGCUUCACCCUUUAUAUCACGCCAAUCUGCUGCUCGGCCACAAAGCCUUCCAUGUGCAAGACUGGGAUUGUACCCUGGUGUACGAUACUACCGAGAAUGAACUCCUGUUCUGGUAUUCCCCGAAACUGCACGUAACUCUUGACGUUGGGCAACAUCCCAUCCACCUGCCGAAAGCAACAAAGAUCCUGUUCUGGCGGAGUGGCAAGUGGACCCCUGCUCAGGUGGAGCGCGUUGCUCUUGAUGCAGCAUUCAACGUUCAAUAUUUGUGGAAGGACGAGCUCGGAGGGUACUGCUUCUACCUUUUGGACAACAUGUAA